UUUUUUAUCCUUUGCCCCCCACCCCCCUUCUCCCUUCCAAGAAGUCGCAUAAGGGUCUUUGGUGGUGCUUGGAGCUGAACUGCAGCACUGAAAGAGUUGAAGAGAAACAUUUGUUAAUUGAAGUGGACAAGACUGGACCUCAGAGUGUAGACUCUGGAUCCAGGCCAUGAGGUUUUAUGCCUCACUCUAGUAAUUGGAGACACUGGACCUAAAUGGCGCAGCAUGACUUUGUCCCUGCCUGGCUAAGCUUUUCAACGCCACAACCAUCUAAGUCCCCUGCAGCAACUUUUGAGAAACAUGGAGAACAUCUUAAUCGAGGAGAAGUCCGCUUUGGAGGGAAUCGCAGGAGGCACAAUUCCUCUGAUGGAUUUUUUAACAAUGGACCUCUUCGAACACCUGGAGAUGGAUGGCACCAACCUUCUCUACUCCGUCAUGAUUCUGUGGACUCUGGAGUUUCCAAAGGGGUUCAUCUUGGAACUGUUACAAGUCAGGGAUGGAAAGACAACCCUGGAUGGCAUGGUCAGCGUCAUGAUCCUGUGAACCAGCGCAGUGGUAGUAGUAGCAGCGGCAGCAAUGGUGGCAGCGGAACAGGAGGUGGUAAUGGGGGAAAUGGUGUAGGAGGGAAUGGUGGUGGAAGCAGCAGUUCUGGACAUCGGCAUUGGAAUGGCAACUUCCAUCCUCGGAAAAAUACAGCUUUUCAGGAUAAAACAUCCACUGAAACUAAGGAAGAGAAGAAAGAAGAAAAGGAAGAAAAGCUUCAGUUUGUGGAGGAAGAUUUUCCCCUGCUAAGCCCGAUAGGUUCUACAGGCAAAAGCAGUUCACAAAUCAGGGCUGUUGGUUAUCAAAAGGGUCUGUGGGAAAAUCCUCCUAGUGCCAAGCAAGGUGUUUCAAAGAUGCUGGUCAUCAAAAAAGUUUCAAAGGAAGAUCCUGCUGCUGCCUUCUCUGCUGGAUUCAUUAGUUCAGGUCCACUUCCGACGAAUGUGAAGACCAUCGCCGUUGGUCCAAGUGUCUAUAAAAACUUAGUUCCCAAACCAGCUGCACUUUCCUCCAAGCCUGGACCAUGGAAACCCAACAGAAGUGAAGCCAAACCUGGUCUCUUUUUUCCUGGUCGAGAUUCUGCUUUUACUAGUCCUGUGUCUGCAACCAGCCCUGUGGUACAGGCAAAUGGUUCAGUCCAGACCUCCCCCAAAGAGAGCCCCUCUAGCACCACUCCUCCAAUUGAGAUAAUCCCUUCACGCUUAAUGAAGCUGACAAAGCGCAGCACAGAUAAGAAAAGUGAGUUUCUAAAGGCAUUGAAAGAUGGCAGGAGUGAAGACAUCUCUGAACAUGGGGAGGUUUUGGAACCCAGGGAAUUGGACAAAUUGGAUGAGAUAGAGAGCAGUUCUCCUGAGACAAAAGAAAAUGGAGAUGAGCAGUGCCGUCAUCGAAAUGGUCUCUCUGUCUCACCUGAUGAUGGCACAGAUCACCUUUCAAGUUCUUUGGAAGUAGAUCACCUCUCCCACUCUCUGGAAGCAGAACACAGGUUGUUAAAAGCAAUGGGAUGGCAAGAAGAUUCUGAAAAUGAAGAGAAUUACCGUCCUAUAACAGAGGAUGAGCUCAGAGAAUUUGAAGCUAAGACUGAGCAGUGGAGAAAAAGCUUUGACAAGAAUGGUCUCCUGAAGGGGCGAAGUGCUGCCUUUUUUUCUCCCUGGAAAAGCACUUUUCGAUUUGGACUGAGUGAAGACUAUGACACUGAAACCAGCAGUAGCAGUGAAACAUCAGAUGACGAUGUCUGACGAGGGGCGUGGAGAAGUCCAGACAACAACAGGUUUCUCCACAUUACCAGAGGAUGGAUCAGAUAUGAAUGGAACCGCUUCCAUUUCAUCUUCAUUUUAGUUUUCUCAUGCACCUGGGGAAAACAGUUGUAUCCCAAAGACAAAAAAAAUGUGGCUUGUUUCGCUUUGCAUCUGCCUCCUUUUGCCUUGUGUUAUGCUUCAUCAAGCAUAAUUUGAGUAGCUGAGUUUUAGGCAAAAACAUGGGCAGUGCACACUUUAUUUGCAGAAGUAUGGAUUGUUAACAGAAUAAUAAACUGUAAUGUCAGCUUCUGAAGAAACUUUCUGCGCCUUCUGUGUGCAACUUUUUUGGGGGGUAGCAGUUGUGCAAAAACAAUCAUUGUGAAUGACAAAUUAAUGAUUAUUGAAGUUAAUACUGUGUUUAAAUUAAAAUUAACAGACAGCUGAAUUCAUUCAUGAUGGGGGUUUUGGCUUGGUUUAAAAAAGCUUUUUUUCACUUAACCAAGAGUUUUGUUUUUGUUUUUGUUUUGGUACAGCUGUAAAAUAUUCAGAAAUAGGAAUUUUUGCAUUUUUUCUUGCAGCCUUGAUAUUCAGGGUGGAUUGUAAAAUAUAAAUUUUUGUGAGAUUUCAAAGAUUAAGAUUAUUUUGAUAACAUUAUUUACAGAUUAAAAAGUGGUUAUCACAUGAAUGAGGAAAAAAAAAACUACUGCAUCAAAAAAAUCUUGGAAUAAAUAUUUUGCAUCAGUUU